UACAUAUACACAUCAUAUCCGAAGGUGCCUCGCAGAAGCACUGCGGUCCCUCCAGGCCGGGCCGAGCCGAGAGAGAGAGAGAGAGAGAGAGAGAGAGAGAGGACCAUGAGCUCACCAACCACUCCGCGCCUCCCGCGGAGCCGGGGCGCCUUUCUGCUCCAGGACGAGCCGCCCCUCGCGCCCGCGGGCCACGGAGCGCUCGCGUCCCUCAUCAAACACCGGGCGGAGGACGACGGACACGCCGGCGACGGCCUGGAAGACGAGCCGCCGCGGCGCGAUGAGCGGCGCAUGAGCGCCAUCCUCAACAGCGCCAACAUGCGCAGCAUGCGCCUGAUCGGGAACAGCAACCCCCGCUACUGUUGGGAGCGCUAUUGGAAGACCAAGGCCGAGCUGGCCACCAUGCCCAAGCACAUCCGCAAGUACUAUGAGCGAGUCAACCACCUCGUCCAGCAGUACCUGUACAUCGACAGGCUGCUGGACUCAUCCCUGCCCCACGACCUGCUCAACGAGUACAACAACAUGCCGGCAUCGGCCUUCCGCGGCGUCGAGAUUCCCGCCACCAUCCUGGAAGCCUCGUCCGCGCCGACCAGCCAACCCGUCCGCAAGGUCGAGCGGACCCCCAAGGCCAUCUACCGCUCCACCGAGACCACCCCUCUCGUCUCGGCCGACGACCAUGUCUCUUACGGCGCCGACGGCGAUGUCGAGAACGGCCGCUCCAAGCCCGAGAUCCCCUGGCUCGAAGACGACGUUGUCGACAGCGACGCGCCCAUCGUCACCCUCGCCAUCUAUGUCAACUUCGCCGCCAACCUCAUCCUCUUGGCCGCCAAGUUUUUCAUCGUCAUCUCGGUCCCUUCCCUCUCGGUCCUCGCCAGCUUGGUCGACGCCAUGCUCGACUUCCUCUCCACCGUCAUUGUCUGGGUCACCACCUGGCUCAUCCGCAAGCAGGACCACUACCGCUACCCCAUCGGCAGGCGCAGGCUCGAGCCCCUGGGCGUGCUCGUCUUCUCCGUCAUCAUGAUCACUUCCUUCGUCCAGGUCGCCCUCGAGGCCAUGACCCGGCUGGCAUCUCCCGACCACGAGGUCAUCCAACUCGGGGUUCCUUCCAUCGCAAUUAUGCUCAGCACCAUCGUGGUCAAGGGCUUGUGCUGGCUCUGGUGUCGCUUGGUUAAUAACUCAAGCGUUCAAGCAUUAGCCGCAGAUGCACUUACCGAUGUCAUCUUUAACGCCGGAUCCAUAGCAUUUCCCAUUGUCGGUUUCUACGCCAAUCUGUGGUGGCUCGAUGCCCUGGGCGGCCUGACCCUCGCCCUCAUCGUCAUCUUCAACUGGUCCCAGACGUCGUGGGAACACAUCAGACACCUCUCCGGUUGCUCGGCUACUGCGGACCAGAGGAACAUACGUGAGUCCCUCGGCUGGCAAUUGCGCUGCUUUGGCUUGCUGUUUCCUGGGCUGACAACCACAUCAGUGCUCUACUUGACCAUGCGGUUUGCAAAAACCAUCAAGCAGAUCCAGGGGUUGCAGGCCUACCAUGCCGGUGACAAGCUCAAUGUCGAAGUAGACAUUGUGCUCGACGCCAGCACCCCGCUCAAAGACAGCCACGACUUGAGUGAAAGUUUGCAAUACGUUCUUGAGUCGGUCCCCAUCGUCGACAGGGCGUUUGUCCACGUGGACUACGCAACCUACAAUCUGCCAACCCACAUGCAACAGCAAAUCAACUAAGCCUUUUUUUUCCCUGCCCUCCAGAAAGGUUCGAGCUAGACAUCAAAGUGCGGCAAAAGGCACGGUUCGAUCGGUG